AUGUGGAUGCAUCGGUCUUCAGCUGAGUCUACAAAAGACGAUGUUCAUGCGGAACGGAUGGAUCUCGGAUGCCCCAUUUACGCUCAACGGAACGAACAUAUCCGAAUGCAUCAGCUGUGUUUAUCUAGGUCGGGAAUAGAACAUGAUGAACGGCCUGACCGAGCUGAGCAGGAGGAGACGAGCGGCUUGGGGAGCACACAAGAGCAUCGAGGAUGUAGUGAAGAAGACCAGGAACACCCGGCUCCGUGCUCACCUCUUCAACACGUACUUCCUGCUUUGACCUAUGCUUCGGAAACCUGGGCAUCUCGCAAGCAGGAAGAAAACGCGGUGAGCAUCAUUGAACGCGCAACUGAGAGUGAUGCUAGGAGUAUCCCGUUCCACGUAAGUGAGGGACGGGAUUCGAAGUUCUCUCCUACGUCAGCGAUGGAAGAUUAG